AUGAAGGUAAUAAAUAUUAAUACGAUCCUCGUGCUCAUAUCCUUAGGAGUAUUAUGUUUUAGUAAUCCGCAUUAUAAAGGGAAUGAAAGGCGUUUUAUAAGACAAGUUGACGGUACAACGACGGCAGAACCAAAGAUUGGCUUAAACAAUACUGCUUUGAUGAGUAGUAAUGACAGUGUAAGUACAACAAUGAAAAUAAAGACUGCUCUGCAAAAAGACAGAGAGACAACGACAACAUCUCCGUACCGUGAAGCCAGUACCACCAGCAGUAAAAUGACAACUCAAACCAUUGAUAAGUUACAAUAUGAACGUUAUACAACAAUGAAUCAGAAUCGUCAUACAACGAGUGGAUCUCUCUUUACGUUCUGCUUAGUAGGAUUUGGGAUUCUCUCGUGGAAGGCGUAUGCACUGCACAUUGAACGUAGUUAUAGAACUAUUUAA